GCGGCCGUAGGAUCGCGCAGGCGGCGGCUGGCAGCCCGGGCGCGGAGGGCUCGGGGGUGCGGAGCGCUGCGGAGCGGGCUCCGGCCGGGCCCCGCUGGGGCAGCCGGCGCGACGAACAGAUGUUCAGCCUCUUAGUUUGUGCUUCAUCAACAAAUACAUGAAUUUCCAAGACUGGGUCCCUUCUCAGCUGGAGGGUGGCAGGAGCCAGAGGAGCCAUCCUGAUCCAGGGCCUGUCUCACCAGAGGUGUAGGUGUGCCCGUGCCAGCCUCCGCAGGUUUUGGAGGCUUGCUUGCCAGUCGCCGCGUGCUGACGCCAUGGCGCUGAGGCUCCCAGGAACGAGGUCGCUCGCUCUCGUUAGCCUAGUCCUGGCUUUGGCUCUCCCUGCUGAUGCUGGGCUUUCUCAGAAGCAUGUCUCAGACGUUGUUGAUGACAGCAAAGACAACAUCACCAUUUUCACCCGCAUCCUGGACAGGCUGCUGGAUGGAUAUGACAACCGCCUGAGACCUGGACUCGGAGACAGCGUAACUGAAGUCAAGACAGACAUCUACGUGACAAGCUUUGGCCCGGUCUCGGACACAGAUAUGGAAUACACUAUUGAUGUCUUUUUCCGGCAGUCCUGGAGAGAUGAAAGGCUGAAGUUUGAUGGGCCCAUGAAAAUACUUCCCCUGAACAACCUGCUGGCCAGCAAGAUCUGGACUCCUGAUACCUUCUUCCACAACGGGAAGAAAUCUGUCGCCCAUAACAUGACAACGCCCAACAAGCUGCUGCGCCUGGUAGACAACGGCACCCUCCUGUACACCAUGAGGCUAACCAUUCAUGCAGAGUGCCCCAUGCACCUGGAGGACUUCCCAAUGGAUGUGCAUGCUUGCCCACUGAAAUUUGGGAGCUAUGCCUACACAAAGACAGAGGUGAUCUACACCUGGACGUUGGGGAAGGAUAAAUCAGUGGAAGUAGCAAAGGGAGGAUCUCGCCUGAACCAGUAUGACCUUCUGGGCCAUGUUGUUGGGACAGAGAUGGUUCGAUCCAGCACAGGGGAGUAUGUUGUCAUGACCACACACUUCCACCUGAAGAGGAAGAUUGGGUACUUUGUGAUACAGACCUACCUGCCCUGCAUUAUGACGGUCAUCCUGUCCCAGGUCUCAUUCUGGCUAAACAGGGAAUCUGUCCCUGCCCGAACGGUUUUUGGUGUCACCACUGUCCUCACCAUGACCACACUAAGCAUCAGCGCAAGAAACUCCUUACCUAAAGUGGCGUACGCGACGGCCAUGGACUGGUUCAUAGCCGUCUGUUACGCCUUUGUGUUUUCUGCGCUGAUCGAAUUCGCCACUGUCAACUACUUCACCAAGCGCAGCUGGGCUUGGGAUGGCAAGAAGGUGCUGGAGGCCCAAGAGAUGAAGAAAAAAGAGCCGGUGGCACUAGCGAAGAAAACCAACAACACCUACAACAUCGUUGGCACCACCUACGCCCUCAACAUCGCCAAGGACCCUGGCCUGCCCACCAUCGCCAAGAGCGCCGCCGCCGCCGCCGCCGCCAACGCGCCCCCGAAGAUGCCCCGCAUGGAGGAGAAGCUCCCAGAGAGCAAGAAGACCUACAACAGCGUCAGCAAGGUAGACAAGAUGUCCCGCAUCGUCUUCCCCGUCCUCUUCGCCAUUUUCAACCUCGUCUACUGGGCCACGUACGUAAACCGGGAGUCAGCUAUCAAGGGAAUGAUCCCCAAACAAUAAACCCGGGCACACAAACCUUCCAUCAGAGAGCACCCUCCAGGCAGCAGUUCUCCAGGGCUUUCUUCUUUCCUGUUUCCUUUAAUUUGUACAGUUAGUUUGGUAUUAUUAUUAUUAUUACUAUUAUUACCAUUAUUAUUACUGUUGCCAUUAU